AUUAAAGUCAAUGUUGCAUCAAAUGCAACGAUUCAUCCUGUUGUAUGAUCAUAUCUAUUCUUGAUUUUCUGAACAGUGUGGAGAGUAUAAAACGGUAGCUCCUCAACAAAUACAUUUGAUUACACUGAGUAGAGCUGUGACUGUAUACAUUUCGAUAUUUGUGCGAGUUUUAAAGAUUGGAGGAAAAUGCAUGUUUUCGUUAAUUUGUUGUUUAUCCUGGCCACUGUCUAUUUCUGUGCUGCCCAGAAUCAAAUCAUCCCCAAUGAUCCUGAAGUGAACACUGAUCCAAAGUACCAUUGCUUCACAAAAUUCUUACCUGAGAUUGGAGGCUUGGCUAAAGGGCAGACACUGAGGAUGAAAGACGAAUGCAAGCAGGUCACUUGUAUGGCUAACAAAGACAUUGAAAUUCUUGGUUGUGGAUUAGUCGGAGUACCACAAGGCUGUGAAGCAGCUCUUGGUGAUUUGAGCAAAUCACAUCCCGAUUGUUGCUAUACGAUUAAAUGUGAAUAAACUCUAACCUAUACAACAUGUUGUAAAUAAACUUAACUUUACCAUUAUUACUGUUAUUACUUCUCCCAAAACUUUUCAUCGAUUAGAUUCUAUUUGGUUCAUGUUCAAACUCUACGGCCAUAUAUGAUAUAAUUGAAAAAAAGCAAAAGUCAAUCAAAGUAAUUUUUGCAUAUACGAGAUAGUCAAGAUGUUUGAUAUAGAUUUUUAACAGACCACUAGAUCAAUUCCAAAAACCCGAAAAGCUUCUCCGUACCUGGAAUAGUACUAACCUUGUCUUAAAAUCCACUAAAACCCAAGCGGUAGGUAUUUUCCAACUUGAAGGGGACAAGGAUUAUCGGACAGACAGAAAGACCGACAAAGAUGAAUGUAAUGAAUUUUCGUUAUCGACAUAUCAUGUAGCAUGUACUAAACCGUGUAUACACUUCCUUAGUAUUUCAAAUAACUAACUUAAUUUGUUUAAUUGAACAUAACUUAAACAACUAAUCAACAAUCUAUUGUAAUAUGAUAUCUAUUCAUAUGUAAUUUGUAAAAGAUUAUGGAGAGUAUAAAACAUGUUAAGUAUUCGAUAGACCAUCACUCUGAAUUCAGUAUAUGCAUAGUUUUAACUGCAUGGAAAGUGACAUUUGUUGACGUACCAAAGAUUGAUAGAAAAAUGGGUAUUUCUGCUAGCCUGUUAUUUAUUUUGACGACAAUCUAUGUAUGUGCUGCCCAGAUUAUGAUCAUUCAUAAUGAUCCUGUUGUGAGCAGCGAGUAUUUUCUAUUUUAAGUAAGUUCCAUAUUGUCACAAGGUCCUUAGUUUAACCAGAAAUAUGAAAAUCUGUGAAAAACAAAGUUUGAUCUUCCUUAAACAGUCCAAUGUUCAAAAACUAUAUGAUACAAAAAAUACAACGUCAGGAAGUGAUCCGCUUCUGAGAAUAAAGUACGCCAACAGACAAACAGAUCGACGGAAAUGAGUAACAUGGAUUUUUGUGGUAUAGUCAUCAUAAAACAGCAAAACAUGUGUUAUUUAAGAUUUGAGAGUAUCUGUGAUCAUAAGACUCUCGCUUAUGAGAAAGCAAUUAUACUCGUAAUAGUAGGGGAGCUCAAGAAGCGAAAUGGGAAGUUACUCGAGGGUCAUAGGAACCUGAUGGGUUUUGAUGAUCAGAUUGCAGACAGAAAAAAAAAGGUGAUACAACUUGAUGGUACUGGGAGUGUCUACAGGUUGUAAAAAUGUAAAAAUAUGUCCAUAGAAAUACUAGACCACGUCAGAUAUUGAUAUUGUAAAUGUCUCUGAUAUUCAUAGCACGAUAAUCUGCCGGUUUGUACCAGGACGCCAGUUGUAUCUCGGCGACCUCUAAACCUAGUCAUAUGGUUAAAAAAAUUAUAACGGGGCUGACCAAGAGAAAUUGUUGCAAAUUAUCCUUAGCAACCUAAAAUUACCGCAAGAGUGCGUAACUCUAACUUCUUAAUUAGAAAUGCUGUUUUUUCGAAAACAUUCAUGAUUAACAUAAAUAUUUAAAAUAGAUUCGUUCAAUAGUAUUCGUGUUCUGCAUACUUUUUUGUCGACAUCAUUUUUCCGUAAGUCGGUUGUUUUAAGGCGGAGACAGGGUACAAGGUCAUUUCAGAAGCGGUGGUGUAACUUCUCAUUGGCACUAUCGAGUUUCGUGGUCUUGGUCCAUCUAAAACGGCUUCUGACGGAUGUUUACUCUUGUUAGUUUAGGUCGUUUUUUACCCUUUAGGCUGGCGCUUAAUGACAAAACCGUAGUUAAUCUGGACUUUUUCGAAAGCCUUUAUUAUUAUUUUCCGUUAUUCACAAAAAAUCCUACAAACUGGUGAAAACCACCUGACGUUAUCUUGACUCUUAUAAAGUUACGACUAAAAAUUAGAAUUUAUUAAGAGGUACAUAUCCGCGUAGUGGGAAAUACAGGGAAAUACAGGAUCUAUUGCAGCUGCUCACACUAAACUUCACUGACUAACCUUUCAUAUUUCGACUUGUUCAAAUCCGUCGAUUAUUGUUGCCUUAUUCUUGAAUUUCUGUCACCAAAUUAAAAUAAAAUUGUCUGCCCUGGAGAACGUCACGGUGAUCUUUUAUUUUGUUUGUGAGUUGUGAGUCCAUAUUCCCUCAUGUCACAUUCAAAUCGUCAUAUUAUUAAAAAACAUGCUUCUCAGCAUGUAAUUCAGUUACCUUAUCUCAGUAUGAUGUAUUUCUAAGGAUAGAUUUAAUUUUUUUACUAUUCUGACAGGCUGCCCCAGACGUACCUCUCCGUAUAGAUAUAUGGUUUAUUUGCAUGAGACUUAAUAUAAUAGAGUGUUGGGAUAUAGUCAGGUAGAAAAUAUGUAUAAAACAGCCCUAGGUAACACUGAUGACACACACAUUCAACAAAUUAAAAGCUGAAAUCCAUAUACUCUGACACAAAGUAGAAAGGGUUUUUUAUAAAGUAUAUAAAAAGUAUAAAGCUUUUUUCCUUAAUCUGGUUAUUAAAAACCCUACUGAUGAUAUCUGUUGGAAGUUUGUUGUAUAUCUAAAUCAUUAUGCUUUGGACCUUUUGAUACAAGAGAUAACAUGUGGUCAGGCACGACCAAAUUAACCUCGUCAGAUCUUGUAUGCUGAUGCACAAGCGUCCCAAAAUACAUACGACAAUAAUUUGAUUUGAUAUGCUUUAUCGAUCGAAAAUGUAAAGGGUUUACCAUUAAGGACUUGACAACUUUUUGAAUGAAACGCAAAACAUUUGAGAUAUCUCGAAAAUUUUAUUAUUGGACUGAAGUAUACUCAAAAUAUUUAUGUAAGGAAUUCGACCUUGUUCAUAAUGUCCACCACGGGCACGUUCGCAGCGAUCGCUUCGUUGAACCCAAUUUUCAAUGACUCAGCCACACAUUUCAACAGAAGCGGCCGCUAUCUCUCGUUCAGUAUUGGCUCUGAGCUGUUCUAAUGACGCCGGCUUGUUGGCAUAGACCAAUGAUUUAAUGUAGUCCCACAAAAAAGGUAUAGAGGUGUUAAAUCACACGAUCUAGGCGGUCAUUCGACAGGACCAUAUUUAACCUGCUGUGUGGCUUGUGGCACCGUCUUAUCGAAACCACAUAUCAUUAAUGUCUAGCGGUCUAGCCCAUCCAAUUGAGCAAAAAAAUGACGUUGCAACAUGUCUCUGUAGCGUCCUCCGUUUACUGUAUGUAACGUGACGGUCAUUUUAAUCAACGAAAAAAAAACGGCCUAAUGACACCACCGGCAUGAAAACCACACCAUACAGUUAUUUUUUGUGGAUGAAGUGGUGUUUCUUGAGCAACAAGGUUCUCACCUGACCAAUAACGCAUAUUCUGUUUGUUGACGAAGCCAAAAAUGCGCCUCAUCACUGAAGAUGAUUUUGCGAUGAAAUUGAUCAUUUUCUUGCAACAUUUCUACAGCCCAAUUUGAGAACGUGUUGUCGAGUUAACUUUAUCUUAUAAGGGUCCAAGCCAAGAUCUCUUCGCAAAAUUAGGCAUAGUGUGGUCUGAGCGAUGUCCAAUUCUUGAGAACGCCAUGGAACCGACGUGUCCGGUUCGUUUGCGACGGAAGCUUGAACGGCAGCAAUAUUCUCGGCACUUCGACCAACCCGUUGUCUCACUGCCACGGGAAUAUCCGGCAGCGAAUAUGUAGACUAGACUAUGAAUCGUUGGCCACUGGGACGAGAAUUACGACCAAAAAUUGGCGCUAACUCUCUUAAAGUUGCAGUAGUGAAUUUUAAUUAUUUGUAAGCGUUGUUCGUUCGUGUACUACACCAUGAUGAAAAUGUUUUCUUCACUGAAUGUUUUGACACUGACAGUUCGGUAAUUGAUUUUAAAAGAUGCGUUCACAGUGAAAGUUCAAAGUUGUCAAGUCCCUAUUGGAAAACUCGAUAUAAAGAAAAUAGGAACAUAAUUUCUGCUUCCUUGGAUAGCAAUCGGCAAGAGAGAAGUCUUUUCUUGGAAUACAUGGUUCGUUAGGACCUUAUUUAUGCAAUAGCUAAGAAUCGAGUCAAUUUGAGCAAAAUAGGUUUGAAGAACAUAUUUAUCGAAGAUCGUUCUUAAUCGCCAAAUCGUUAAACGGUGAAAGGUUAACUUAGAACAUGAUCUAUAUGGUUAGACUAUGCUAGGUACUCAUCCCCAAAUAUUCCGCUGAGUUACUCUGUGGCAAGGUACAUCUUAUCUCACUUUUCACCCAUAGACUGUAGACUAGUUUGAAAAUUCUAUAUACCAUUACCUCAGUUUUGUAGAGUUCAGUACGAGUCCAUUAUUUUUACAAUAUUUUAAAAACUCUAGGGUGUCCAAGAUAAGGGUUCUAUGCGUGGGAUACCUGGGAGAUACAGCUAUGUCAACCUGCUGCGCUUGAGUUAAGCCCAACAUCCCCUAUUGGGUUCCCCUACUAUAAUUCUAAGAAGUGAUAAUUCUACUUAUAUGUUGUCGAAUGCUUAUCAGGGAUAUUAGAAAAAAGCUUGUAAAAUAAGUAUGUGAAGAUCAAGGUUUGUAUGAUAAAAAAUUAAAAAGUCUAAUUCAUAACAUCGCGUCAAUAUACUGAUAACGAGUUGCUAGUCCGAACUGCUAUUAUAGAUAAUUUGAACAAGAAACAUUUCUGUUACCAGCUGAUACAAAGUAUCACUAUUUCACAAAAUUCAAUGGAAUUGGGGGUCUGACUAAUGGUCAAAGCAAGAAGUUAUUACAAGGUAUUUUAGAAAAGAGUUAGGAUUUCCAAAAUGUUUUAAAAGAAUACGAAAGAAUGCCUUCAGUAAUGCCUGUUUCAUUUUUAACAAGCUUUUAUUACAUUCACCUGUAUGUAACAGACGUCUGAUUAACUUGAAAAUCGGCACAGAGGUCAAGUGCCGAUGACAGUACAAUAAUCUUGGAUUAUUUGGAAAAAAUGGAUUUGAACAUUUUUAAAAUAAUUGGAAAGUUCGGAAAUUUGGGAAAUAAUUUGAAGAUUUGGCAAUUUUUAAACAAAAUUAGAAAUUUUGAAAACAUGCUGG